UGGGAGGAGCGCGUUGAGCUCCGGUGUGUGUGUGUGUGUCAGAAGGGACCGCAUCGCGCUGCACAUGAAGCAUGGCAGGCGACAGCGAGACAAAGCCAGGUGACCAAGCCGAAAAUGACAGCAAUGGUCGGCAGCCGUUCCUCAUCGGUGUGGCCGGAGGUACAGCCAGCGGCAAGUCUUCCGUGUGCAGCAAGAUCAUGGAGCUGCUGGGACAGAACGAGAUCGACCACCACCAGCGGCAAGUGGCCAUCCUCAGCCAGGACAGCUUCUACAGGGUCCUCACCCCCGAGCAGAAGGCCAAAGCACUCAAGGGCCAGUUUAACUUCGACCACCCAGAUGCUUUUGACAACGAUCUCAUAAUGGCGACCCUGUGGGACAUCAAGGAGGGAAAAACAGUUCACAUCCCCGUUUAUGACUUCGUUUCUCAUUCCAGGAAGGAAGAGACUGUGAUGGUGUACCCUGCCGACGUGGUGCUGUUUGAGGGAAUCCUCAUGUUCUAUUCCCAGGAGAUUCGAGACCUUUUCCAAAUGAAGCUGUUUGUGGACACGGACGCCGACACUCGUCUGUCGCGUAGAGUGCUGCGGGACAUAAGUGAACGUGGUCGGGACUUGGAAAGCAUUCUCGCACAGUACAUUACCUUUGUGAAGCCUGCGUUUGAGGAGUUUUGUCUGCCGACGAAGAAAUAUGCUGACGUGAUAAUACCACGAGGAGUUGAUAACAUGGUUGCCAUAAAUCUCAUCGUUCAGCACAUCCAGGAUAUUCUGAACGGCGGUCUGACCAAGCGUCUGAACGGCUGGUUCAGCGGAUACGGAACAACGAAAAAGCAGCCCAACAUGGAGUCGAGCAGUCGGCCCCACUGAGCGCAACGCCUGGCCCAAAAGGGGAGGGAAGGUUCACUUGACCGCGCCGAAUGUGCCCUUCAUCAUCGCUACUUUAACAAGACGGGAGUAAUUGCCAGGAAAUCAGAAGUCCUCCUUUAGGCAUGACUCUUGGACUGAGAAAAUCAACAAAAUAGAUGGGAGACAUCUUUGUAGAUCUGGUUUAAAGUGGUUGUGUUCAGUUAAGUUAUUCUCUUUCUUGUGUAUUGUAUUAGCUUCAAGGUGGAGGAAAGCAAAGGGGCUCACCUUUUUUUUCAGUUUCAUUUGAAACUGCUGCUCAACACAGUGCACAGCUGGACUAACUAAACUAACUAAAGAAACAGUGUUAUACAGGGUCUGGUUUUCAGAUCCUUGACAGCCUUCCAACUAUACAAUAAAUGCAGCGUAACGACAUGGUGUUCAAUGGCAGGGCCUAAUUCCCUUUAUUAAUGCAACUUUCUUUUUCAACCACAUUUUCACUUCUGCCUCUAGUUUUUGAGAUAAUGUAAGAAUUUUGACAAGUGUCCUGUUGCCCCGAAGCUGUACGUGCUUUGUCUUGUGUAAAUGGAAAUUAUUAUUAGACAAACUAAACAACCGGUUCCCACCUCAAACCAUCUGAUGUACAACAUCACCGCCAAAGAUCUUUUGUCUAUCUGGACUAAAUGUGGAGUUUAAUUUGAAUGUGAUGCAGAUGUUACUGUCACUAAUUUAAUAAGAUGUUGAGUAGAAGAAAUAUGUCAUGGAAUUAUCACAAAGUAUCUUUGAUUUCCUUAAACUUGAACUCCUCAGAUGCACAUGUUUGUAUACUUUAAUUUAAAAAGAAUAUGCACUGAGUUGUGAAAUGACAUUAAGGCUUGUAUGUAAAUGUUGUUGGAUGCCGUUUUCUUCCUGUAUACUUUUCUUACGAUAAAAGUUCUCAGGUACUAUUUGUUGGUUUUGAUUUUCCACUUGAAAUGCCUAUAUUAAUGUCUGGUUGUAAUCACUCCAUCUUAGUUCUGACAUGCCAUCAUGAGUUUCCUUUUGAAUAUGAAGCGAAUGAAAGUCCAACAUGUGGCUUAGAGCUGCUCCAUGUGACAAAGGUUGAUUGGCUUUAAACUUACAGAUAGUGUGGAGUCAGCCAGGACCACUGUGUUCAUGUUCUGUGAAUCUGGGUGAAAAUUAGUUAUACAUAGCAUUCUAUAGGCCACUUUCAAUGUAAGCAAUUUUCAUGUCACACUGGGAAAAGCAAAAUAGCUGGCCAUCAGUAUUGGCAACUUCUGUGCUUUUCAAAAAUGUGGAAAUAAAAACCCAUGAUGUAACUGGUAACUCAUAAAAUAAAGUGUUUGUUUUCGGAUGCGUCAGAGAGCCCAAAGUGCUAAUUUUGGAUUCAUGACCUCAGUUGUGGCUGUGGCUCUGCCGUGAUUAUGUCACAGGGUCUCGAGCUGUGUCCAAAAUCCAUGCAGUGGACUAACACUGAGCAGGUUGCAAGUUUGUAGUGUGUUCUUACUGGAAAAGUGGCAAAUAUAACUAAAUCUGGCCUUCGUGUUUGCAUGGUGUUGGACACUACUCUUUCAUGAAGCCAUACACAAAAGUCUCCACAUCUAUUUUAAAAUAAAAUCUGGUUAUUUUAAGACACUGGUAAAAUUUAAAUAGUGUGUGGAGUUGGGACACGGUAUAAAAUCCACUGUAUGUUGGAACAGUUCAUUAAAAACAAAACACCAAAACCUUGGCUGUAAAUCACUUUACUUGAACCAUUGGAGAAAAAAAAAAGACAUACAUUAUUUUACUUCAAGUCCACUUAUAAAUCACAUUUUUGUUUAGUUUGAAACAUUUCUUUUUUAAAACUGGUCACUAAGC